AUGGCUCAGCUUCACCGUAACCCGCCCUUCCGUGCCGAGCACCUUGGCUCUCUCCUCCGGACCGAGGAGCUCCUGAAAGUCAAGACAGCGUUCGAGAAGGGACAGGCUUCUGCGGCCGAGCUCAAGGCUAUCGAGGAGAGGGAUAUCAAGGAUAUUGUCGAGACCCAGAAGAAGCUGGGCUAUCCCGCUCUUUCUGAUGGAGAAUACUGCAGACACAUGUUCUGGGGUAGUUUCUUCCCGGGCCUCGAGGGCUUCGAGGAGGUUACCGACUUUGACGCGGAUAUCUUCCGCCCCUAUGCUCCUGAUGUAGCUGCAUUCCUGGAAGCGGGCCACAAGCCUGGUGAGACUGUCAUCUGUACCGGCAAGAUCAAGCACGUUGGCAGCACAUAUGUCGACCAGUUCAAGCGCUUGGCUAGCCUGGUGGCCCCCGAGGAGGUCAAGAACGUGAAGCUCACCCUUGCUGCUCCCAACUGGUACCACCUCCGUUACAAGAACGGCAAGGCUUUCCCCAAGGAUGUGUACAGUACCGAGGACGAGUACCUGAGCGAUAUCGCCAAAGCCUACCAGGAGGAAUUGCAAAUCCUGUACGACGCUGGCUGCAGAAACGUCCAGUUCGACGACCCUAACCUUGCUUACUUCUGCUCGGAGAAGAUGCUGGAGGGCUGGGAGGCUGAUCCUCUGAACACGGCCACUGCCGACGAGACCUUUGAAAAGUACAUCAAGCAAUACAACGAAUUGCUGUCCAAGCGUCCUGCCGAUUUCCACGUCGGUGUUCACAUCUGUCGCGGUAACUUCGUUGGUAGCCGUCACUUCUCCGAGGGUGGCUAUGACCGCAUCGCUACCAAGCUGUUCAAGGAGCUCAACGUCGACACCUACUACCUCGAGUACGACACCCCCCGUGCCGGUGGCUUCGAGCCUCUGAAGGAGCUGCCUCGCCACAAGAACGUCAUCUUGGGCGUUGUGACCAGCAAGUUCCCCGAGCUCGAGGACAAGGAGGAGAUGAAGAAGCGCGUCCACGACGCCGCCAAGUUCAUUGCCGAGGGCAACAACAUCAGCGUUGAAGAGGCCCUCAAGCAAGUUGGCGUCAGCCCCCAGUGUGGUUUUGCCAGUCACCGUGAGGGUAACGCGAUUGACUGGGAUGGCAUGAUCAACAAGCUGAAGCUUGUCCGCGAAAUUGCUAAUGAUAUUUGGCCCGGUGAGCUGUGA